AAUGAUAACUUUUGUUUUUCUCUUGUUUACUACCUCUUGAAUCCCCAGGAAAGCGCGAAAAUCGAACCACUGUCAAAUAGGGCAUUCUCUGUUACCUCUUACAUGAAGUGGGGUAUUGCCAAUUGCAUUAUGGUAUAGAAUUUUAGCUGUGGGAGCAUUGGAGGUCGGAGUAUAGACAUAUAGGAAUAUUUUUGGUUGAAUAUGGCUGGGAAAAGGCAUAGAAGUCGUUUCAGAAAAACACGGAAAGGAAAAGGGUUUAGUGGGGUUCCUUGGUACGCAAAAUCGGUGGAAAAACCAGUGUUGGAAGAGGAUGAAAUUGCUCGCUCAAAACCGGAGAUGCCCCACGAGAGUCACGAGGAGUUAUUGGAAACAAGUGACAUGGAAGGCUCAGACACGGAGCUUGAUCAACCGGAGAGUGCAUCUAGAAAGAAGAUGAAGCUGUACAACUCCGAAGAUGACAGUUCUGAAAGCUCAGAAAGCGAAACAGAAACUAAGAAAACUAAAUUAGUGGAGGCAGAGGAUGGUUACAGACUGGUCCAUUUGAAGAACUUAUCUUCAGUCCUUUCCAAUGUGCACAGAUGCGAGGAAGGGAAUCUGACUAUUGAAGAGAACACUGGUAGGCGUGCAGGGCUGAUGUCUGAUCUUUCCAUAUGCUGUGAUGGUUGUGAUGAAGACACCACAUUACACACCUCAGUCAACAUCUCCAAAAGAGGAAAGUCAUUUGACGUAAACAGAAGGGCUGUCUACCACUCAAUUGAGACUGGUUGUGGUUACGAAGGACUUGCAUCAUUCUGCAGUAUUAUGAACAUGCCAUGUCUGUCUAAGAGGGCCUAUUACAAGCAGGUGGAGACUAUUUUAGAUGUCUUAGAAAGUGUGACCAAAGAAGAACUCUUGAGUGCAGGCCAGAAGCUUCGAAAGCUUAUCACGGAGGAGAAUGGAGAGUCUGAUACUGGAAAUGUUAUAGAUGCGGCAGUAAGUUUUGAUGGCACGUGGGCCAAAAGGGGCUUCACCUCAUUGACAGGUGUGGUUUUUGUGGUUUCAGUGGACACAGGUGAGGUACUAGAUUACCAUGUUUUGUCAAAAGCAUGUCAAAAGUGUGCAUUGAAGAAAAGUCAGUGUGAAGACGACAAUGAGCGAUUUGAAGAGUGGAGAAGAGAACAUUUGGCAUCCGGGGAAUGCGAUAUAAAUUUUAAAGGGAGUUCACCAGCAAUGGAAGCUGAGGGAGCUGAAAUUCUGUGGAAGAGAUCCAUAGAGCUGCAUAACAUUCGGUACAAAUGGAUGAUAUCAGAUGGGGACAGUAAAGCGUUCAAUGCUGUUGAGAAUUUGUACAGCAGUGAUUGCAAAGUUGUAAAGCUUGACUGUGUAGGCCAUGUCCAAAAGAGGAUGGGAAAACACCUCCUGAACCUAAAAUCUCGAACAGAAGGAAAACUUGAGGAUGGAAAGCCCAUUGGUGGUCAUGGCUGGCUGACUGAAGGCAAGAUAAAACAACUUCAAAAGUAUUAUGGCUUGGCUAUCUGUCAAAACACUCUCUCAAAGGCAAAUCCCUCAGAAAGGGAAGUAGAUGUUGCUGUGUAUGCAAUCAAAAAGAACAUUGUUGCCAUACUACAUCACAGUGUCAAAUCAGACAAUCCUACAAAGCAACAUAGAUUCUGUCCAGUGGGAGAGAACUCAUGGUGCAAGUGGCAACAGGACCAGGCAACAGGCACAAAAACAUACAAAGGGGAUGACUGUUUGCCAGUGGUGUUUUUGGAACUGUUAAAACCAACAUUUCUUACUCUCAGUGACUCCAAGCUUCUUGAGAGAUGUGUAAGGGGAACAACCCAA